CCGCAUGUCACGGUCCGGAAAAUUCCAUACCAUCACGGCCAAACAUUCAAAUCACCUCUCUCAGCCAUUGAGGCCGCAAUCAUGGGUGUCAGCGAGUCCAAGCCGUCCUCCAGCACGCCUCCACAUCUGUGGAAGGCCAGCUCGCCCAGCGGCAUCUCCCACGACCUCGUCGAGUCCCUGCAGACCAGCCAUGAGACCGACGCAUCCCGCACGCAACUCACCGAGAUCCAAAUCCAGCGCCGCGUCGCCGAGGAGCUGAAGCGUCUCCAAGCCAAGGAAUCCGAAGCCCUCCGCCUCGCCCACGACAAGAUUGCCGGCGAAGACAAGCCCGCGCCCGAGGGCCAGCGCAGCCACGAGAGCGUCAAGAAGGAGGUCGAGGCCCUUCGCGCCAAGCUGGCCGAGCGCAAAAAGGUGCGCGAUUUGCCCGAGGCGGUGGAGACGGCACGCGGUAAUGUUGUGCGGUGUCUGCGGGAUAAUGAUCGCCGGCCGCUCGAUUGCUGGCAGGAGGUUGAGGCUUUCAAGGUGGAGGUGAAGAGGUUAGAGAAGGGGUGGGUUGAGAAGAUUGUUUCGUGAGUUUGGGGAAUGGGAGUGGGGGGUCGUUAUUGGACUUCUUCUCUAGGUCUGUCUCUGCAGAGUGGGAGACGGAUUGGGAGGGGUUGGUUUCUUAUUUGCGUUUCUUGUGAGCCAUGAGGGGAGGGUUAAGAGAGAUACGCUGGAUCAAGAAAAGAGGCAUGGCAGUAGGACGUGAAAGUGUAACAACAUGCUACUGGCGGGCAAACGAUAUGAGAGAAAACAAAGUGUAUAGAUGGCGAAUGAAUUUUGGUUCACAUCACAAG